GGUGGUGCAGGGCAGGGCGGUAUAUCCAGUCUGACGGAGGGCAGGCCGCGCCAGUGCAGCAGAGGGACGAGCCAGGGCGGAGGCGCCAGCAGCAGCACCCGGGACUUCGCGCGGACCACUCACUCUAUGGCCAUAGGGAGCCGCUGACAGCUCCCAUAACCCACUCCGCGCCGCCCGCCAGCCGCACCGCACCCCACGCCGCCCCACUCGCCCCGGCCCGCCCGCGCGCCUCCGCCACUAUGAACCACUCGCCGCUCAAGACCGCCUUGGCCUACGAAUGCUUCCAGGACCAGGACAACUCGACACUGGCCCUGCCGUCGGACCAAAAGAUGAAGACUGGCACGUCGGGCAGGCAGCGCGUGCAGGAGCAGGUGAUGAUGACCGUCAAGAGGCAGAAGUCCAAGUCUUCCCAGUCGUCCACCCUGAGCCACUCCAACCGAGGCUCCAUGUACGACGGCCUGGCCGACAAUUACAACAGCUAUGGGACCAGCAGCCGGAGCAGCUACUAUUCCAAGUUCCAGGCCGGGAAUGGCUCCUGGGGGUACCCGAUCUACAAUGGGACCCUCAAGCGGGAGACAGACAACAGGCGCUUCAGCUCCUACAGCCAGAUGGAGAACUGGGGCCGGCACUACCCCCGGGGCAGCUGUAAUACCCCCGGUGCGGGCAGCGACAUCUGCUUCAUGCAGAAGAUCAAGACAAGCCGCAGCGAGCCUGACCUCUACUGCGACCCACGGGGCACCCUGUGCAAGGGCACGCUGGGCAGCAAGGGCCACAAGACCAACCAGAACCGCUACAGCUUCUACAGCAUCUGUAGUGGCCAGAAGAUGGCCAAGAAGUACCCCGUGCUGCCGCCCUCCUGCACCCCCAAGCAGGACCCCGUGUGCGUCCCGCCCAUCUUUUGCAACAAGGACUGCUUCAGCCACUCGAGGCCCAGCUCCAAGAUCUGCAGUGAGGACAUCGAGUGCAGUGGGCUGACCAUCCCCAAGGCUGUGCAGUACCUGUGCUCCCAGGUUGAGAAGUACCAGGCCAUCGGGGCCUAUUACAUCCAGCACACCUGCUUCCAGGAUGAAUCUGCCAAGCAGCAGGUCUAUCAGCUGGGAGGCAUCUGCAAGCUGGUGGACCUCCUCCGCAGCCCCAACCGGAAUGUGCAGCAGGCCGCGGCCGGGGCCCUGCGUAACCUGGUGUUCCGGAGCACCACCAACAAGCUGGAGACCCGGAGGCAGAACGGAAUCCGCGAGGCUGUCAGCCUCCUGAGGAGAACUGGGAGCACCGAGAUCCAGAAACAACUGACUGGGCUGCUCUGGAACCUGUCUUCCUCUGACGAGCUGAAGGAGGAGCUCAUCGCUGAUGCCCUGCCUGUCCUGGCCGACCGCGUCAUCAUCCCCUUCUCGGGCUGGUGCGAUGGCAACAGCAACGUGUCCCGGGAAGCGGUGGACCCCGAGGUCUUCUUCAACGCCACAGGCUGCUUGAGGAACCUGAGCUCGGCUGAUGCCGGCCGCCAGACCAUGCGAAACUACACGGGGCUCAUUGACUCCCUCAUGGCCUACGUCCAGAACUGCGUGGCGGCCAGCCGCUGUGACGACAAGUCCGUGGAGAACUGCAUGUGCAUCCUGCACAACCUCUCCUACCGCCUGGACGCUGAGGUGCCCACCCGCUACCGCCAGCUAGAGUACAAUGCCCGUAAUGCCUACACUGAGAAGGCCUCCACCGGCUGCUUCAGCAACAAGAGCGACAAGAUGAUGAAUAACAACUAUGACUGCCCGCUCCCAGAGGAGGAGACCAACCCCAAGGGCAGCAGCUGGCUGUACCACUCGGAUGCCAUCCGCACCUACCUGAACCUCAUGGGCAAGAGCAAGAAGGACGCCACCCUGGAGGCCUGCGCUGGCGCCCUGCAGAACCUGACCGCCAGCAAGGGGCUGAUGUCCAGUGGCAUGAGCCAGUUGAUUGGGCUGAAGGAGAAGGGCUUGCCUCAGAUCGCUCGCCUCCUGCAAUCCGGCAACUCCGAUGUGGUGCGGUCCGGAGCCUCCCUCCUGAGCAACAUGUCCCGCCACCCUGUGCUGCACAGAGUGAUGGGGAACCAGGUGUUCCCGGAGGUGACCAGGCUCCUCACCAGUCACACCGGCAACACCAACAACUCGGAAGACAUCCUGUCCUCGGCCUGCUACACCGUGCGGAACCUGAUGGCCUCCCAGCCGCACGUGGCCAAGCAGCACUUCUCCAGCAGCAUGAUCAACAACGUCAUCAACCUGUGCCGCAGCGGUGCCUCACCCAAGGCUGCAGAAGCUGCCCGGCUCCUCCUGUCUGACAUGUGGUCCAGCAAGGAACUGCAGGGUGUCCUCAGACAGCAAGGAUUUGACAGGAACAUGCUGGGAGCCCUAGCCCGGGCCAACAGCCUCAGGAACUUCACCUCCCGAUUCUAAGAAGAGGCCACCCAAGCAAGUUCAGCUUGCAGAAAUUAUACAACCCAGCUGAGAAGACUGCGGGCCUCACUGGAGGGCUUAUCCUAUCCACCUUGUGCAGUAUUUGGACAUGUUCAAACGCAACAAGAACAAACCUGGACACUGUGGAUGAUGGAAAUAUUUUUAGAUUCUUUUUUUUCCUUCGGGGAACUGGCAAGCAG